AUGCCUGGAGGCGUGUUUCCGUUACUUAAUCUACCGCCCGAAAUACUGCUCGAGCUAUGCCACGCCUUGGUACCAUGCGGUCCAUAUCUAACCUUCAGUGUCUAUGAAAAGGCAUCACAGGGCUUCGUUGAUUUGUGCCAGCUAGCUCGAACUUGCAAAACACUUUCGCGCAUUGUCAGGACGUUCUUUAGAAACCCUCUAUAUAGGGAAUCUCGACCAUUCAUUGGUAUCUUGCCCUACGCACUUAACAUCCUACGGGAUCCGGAGCUUGCCCAUUACGAGACAACGUUAAGGAUGGUUUCUUCAAAUACGGAUGGAUCAAUCGGACAAGGCGAUGUUGAAACUUUCAAACAAGCAUCACGAGAUCUACUAGGAUCCCCCUUCUGCAGAGCAACUCUCAGCUACCUCCAGGGUGACAAGUCCCGACAUUAUUCAAAGUUUGAUAUCUACAGAGCACGCUCAGAUCUUACGUAUAUCCUUCUCGUGAAGCUUCCCAACCUUACUUCCAUCACUCUCGACUACGCAUUGUGGACUCGAAGAACAACUCCCAAGCCCUUGAAUCUUCCCUUUCUCAAGCAGGCAAGAUUCAUCGGCACUAAUCUUCGUACUCCGGAAAACCAUCUUGUCGCUACAGACCUGUUCUUCUUCCGACUUCACACCAACGCCGCGCCGAAUCUUGAGAUUCUCGAAGUGGAACGCAUGCAUAAAUGUACCGGUCCUCUCGUUCUGCAAAAUGUUCGAACCUUACGCAUCAUCAACUCUUACAUGGGUGUAGAGGAUCUAGACAGACUUUUGGGUAGUCGCGAGCUGUGUCUUGAGAGCUUCACCUACAAGACGGGUCUGUACGAGAAUUACAUUCGUAUAAGAGGUGCUAUCCGAGCUGAAGAGCUAUUUCCUAACGAAAUUGUCAAGUCGCUAGAGAAUAGCCCUUCGCGCACCCGCCUUCACACGCUCAAGCUCGAUCUCCGAGAACGAGGAGACUUCUCGAAUAAACCUUCUGACAUGAAGUCCCUUCCCCACUGGUAUGAUUUCAAUAGGCACAAUGCCGUCUCACAUUUCAUCUCCACCCUUGACUGUUUUCCGUCUCUCCGAGACAUCACCCUGACACAGCAAUGCCUCUGGGAGCCGUACUACAAUUGGGCUACCGGCUUUAAGAAGGACAAAACACCUCGAGCCCCUUCUCGGCUAAUUAGUCUAUUGUCGAAAUCUGUCGAGACCUUCACUCUCGUUGACAUCACACUGGAGUUUUUCCCGGCUAUCAUCAGUCUUGCGGAGGUCGUCAAUAGCAAGCAGCAAUUCUCGCAUCUGAAGCGGGUGCGGCUUCACCCUCACCCAAACUUAAUCAAACGAUACACCCACGCGAAGGCGCACGCUGAUGAUCCCAGUCUGCCGAAGGGUAAUUCGAGAGACAUCGACUGCACCGCGGAUUCACAAAUUCAACCGCAAAUGGAAAUGAUAAUCCGACUCUUCCAGCAAGUAGGAGUAGACGCCAGAUUCCCCUUACGUGUUUAUCCAAUCCCUACAGACAACCAGGUUCACCUAGAGCGCCAGCGUGAAUUGGGACACUGGUGCCGCAAGUGCCAUUUCCACCCCAAUCAUUAUUUUCCUAAAUACAAGACUUUAGUACAGCAACCGGCACAAUGCACAGGGUAUAUGCUGACUAGAGUACAUGAUCAUGGGCGGAGUGAAGUGGCGAAGGAGAGUGGAUGUGUUUAUGAGAAAAGUUCCCACCCUAAGAACUAUUUUCGAUAA